AUGCUGAGAGAACUGUUACCAUCCUUAUUAUAUCCACGGGAAAUAUACUCUCUAUUCAAAAUGAAAUUUCGUUCCUAUAACGUUGCUUCGACUUCGUCAAAGGCACAAGAGGACGAUGAUCUUGAAUUUUGUUACACUUUAUUGAACAAAGUGAGUCGUUCCUUUGCCUAUGUCAUUCAACAACUGCCUCUUUCGUUACGAAAUUCAGUGGCCAUAUUUUAUUUAAUUCUUCGAGGCUUGGAUUCAAUUGAAGAUGACAUGAACCUUGAUAAUGAAUUAAAAAUAGACUUGUUACAACAUUUCUUUGAAAAAUUACAGUGUGAUGCAUGGUUUAUUGAACAUGUUGGGGAUUCAGAAGAUCAUCGACUAUUAUUGUCCCAUUUCUAUAAAGUCAUACGUGUUUUUAAAACAUCACAACCGUCCUAUCAAAAUAUAAUCACUACGAUUAUACGGAAAAUGGGCAAGGGCAUGGCAGAAUUUGUCCAUGUCCUCACAAACAAGAACAAAUCCAUGUGCAUUGACACAGUGAAAAAUUAUGAUCUUUAUUGUCAUUAUGUUGCCGGUCUUGUAGGCGAAGGUUUGAGUCAAUUGUUUGUCGAAAGUGGUCUCGAAACUGCCAGUGUCGCACAAGACAAAUGUUUGUGGAAUUCUGUGGGUUUAUUCUUACAGAAAACAAAUAUCAUAGGUGAUUAUUUUGAAGAUUGUCAUCUGACUGGUGGCGGUCGACGAUGGUGGCCCAAAGAAAUAUGGUCCAAAUAUGGGGUGCAUCGAUUAGAGGAUUUUACAUUGAAACCAGAUGCACCUGAAUCCUUGUCUUGCUUAAAUGCCAUGAUCAAUGAUGCACUUCGACAUGUACCUGAUUGUUUACAUUAUCUAAGUCGCUUAGAAAAUGAACGAAUAUUUAUAUUUUGUGCCAUACCUCAAACAAGGGCCAUGGCAACAUUACUUGAAUUCUAUAAUAAUCCACAAGUGUAUAGGAGGAAAAAUGUCCAAGUGAGAAAAGGACUUGCUGCAUUGACGAUGCUCGACUCGUCGAAUUUUGGCAAUGUGAAAUACACGUUUAGAAAGUUUGCACUUCAAAUGUCCGAUAAAGUCGUUAAAAAUGCGAGACAUUGUGUAGAUGAAACGAGAAGACAAGAAUUAUGUCAAAUGUCAGUAAUAAAAGAAAGUUUUACUCUUAAAUUGGAUUCAUCAAAACAAAAAACAUUAGAAACAUAG